UAUGUUUCAAUUAACAAUUAUAUUAUUUGCAGCAUUUUUAUCAAUUUACAGCGUUGUUGCCGAUCAACCAAAAUCUUGGAAUUGCGAUCAAUCAACCACUUGCUGUUGUGGGGGUCAGUUAGGUUUGGUGUGCGGCUCACGUAUUGGUUUAAACCAAAAUGAACAUGGUGGCAUUCCUUUACUAAGAGGUCAAUGCAAAGAUCGUGCAUUUUACCAGUGCUCGGCCAUCGAUCAACCGGCUGUUUUCAAAGGCAUGUGUCCUAAAUGUCGUUUAUCGAAACCGGGAGUCGAUAAAUGUUUUGCAGAGUGAAAAACAACUAAACUUUAUUUUAACAAAUAAACAUUAAAUU